AUGUCAGCUCGGAAAGGUAGCCCAGUCGCCGACUGGCCUUGCUCAUCGACCUCAUCAGACAACGAGAAAGGCAACGACACCGAUAUCUCGCAGCCCGAAAGUGCAUUACCCACUACAACACCACCAGCGGUCGAGUUUGAUAAUCCCAAAGGAUGGAUAGCUGUGGCAGCCGCAGCAUGUUCCCUUUUCGUUUACCUCGGGGUGAUCUACUCAUGGGGCAUUAUGCAGGUUCGACUUGUCGAAGUGACUGGAACAAACCUCACAACCUUGACAUUUGUCGGAUCACUUGCAACAUCAUUCAUGAUCUCACUCAGCAUCCUCUCUGGUAUUGCUGUUCGAAAGCUUGGGUAUCAAAAGACUGCUCUGGCUGGCGGCGUCUUGAUGGGACUGGGUGAAUUCCUUGCUAGUUGGACGACAAAGCAUGUUGGGGCACUCUUUGUCUUCCACGGUGUAAUAUUUGGCAUUGGAGGGGGGCUAUCCAUCUUCGCAUCCUCGACUGCUCCCCUCAGGUGGUUCAAGAGACACCGCGGCCUGGCUAUGGGUAUCGUAUUUGGAGGAGGCAGCCUUGGAGCGGCUGUCAUGAGUAUUGCGACGAAUCUUCUCGUGAAGCAAGUCGAUGUCGCCUGGACAUUCCGCAUCCUGGCCUUCAUGCUCUGGGGAGUCUGUAUUCCAGCUUCAUACUUCAUUCAACAGCCUGAGGGAUCCAUGAGUGCUGGUCUAAAGCUCCAGUGGUAUCGCUUCCGAGAGCCUCGGUUCCUCCUUAUUAUCGCCGGGACAGCUUUGUCAUGCUUUCCCUUGUUUAUUCCCCCAUACUUCAUCCCCAUCUUCACUCGAUCAAUGGGCUACUCUCACCAGAUUGCCAUUAUCAUACUGGCGGCCUGGAACUUGGCUUCAACUGUUGGUCGGGUCCUGGGGGGCUAUACUGCAGACCACUUGCUUGGCCCUUUGAACAGCCUGAUCGUCUGCCUUCUAUUUAUAGGUCUCAGCUCACUUGUCGUGUGGCCAUUGGCCUCUUCGGUUGGAAUAUUCUCUAUCUUCCUUGUAUUCAAUGGCAUUGGCUGCGGAGCGUUCUUUAGUCUGGUUCCUCCCAUGCUUGGAGCGACAAUGGGGCCAGAGAAUACACUUGGCAUCUUGCCUAUUGUUUGGACUACUUGGUUCUGUGGAUUCUUCUUUGGUACACCUAUUGCUUCAGGGAUCUACUCGCUUGCAGGCAGUAGUGAUGACAGUCUUUCGGUAUUUAGGCCUGCUGCUUAUUAUGCCGGUGGAAUGUCUAUUAUUGGUCUUUUAUUUAUUAUCUAUAUUCUCGCUAUCAUACUUGUAACUAUCUCAGACGGAGACACUAUGAAGCUCGACUUUGCAAAGCUCACAGCUUUCAUAGCGGCCAAUUCGACAGGCAUUGGUGUUCUCGUGUGCCCUGGUGGUGGUUACAGCCAUGUCUCUAUUGUCAAGGAAGGUUACGCUCCAGCUGCAUACCUCAAUAAGCUUGGUAUUGAUGCGUGGGUUCUCGAUUAUACCACGACGUCUAAUGCAACUGCACCUAUUUAUCCAAAACCUGAGAAUGAGGUCUUCGCUGCUCUCAAGCAAAUUCGUCAUCAUAACCCCAAAAUAGAGAAGCUUGGCAUUUGGGGCUUCUCGGCGGGCGGCCACCUUGCAUCCACAACCCUCACCAACCCUAAGGCCGGCCUGGAUUUUGGCAUCCUCGCGUAUCCCGUGAUCACCUUAGAAGGCAACUAUGUGCAUAUCGGUUCUCGCGACAAUCUCGUUGGGCCUAACGCGACGGCCGAAGAGUUGCGCGAUCUAUCAGCGCAGAACCUGGUCUCUGACACAACGCCCCCGACAUUUUUGUUCCAUACCUUCGACGAUCAAGCUGUUCCUGUGGAAAACACCCUCUUGUUUGCCGAGGCCAUGGCAGUCCAUAAACGAAAAGCUCAAGUUUUGAUUCUACCAGACGGUCCACAUGGUCUCGGAUUGGCUCUUGAUGACCCUGUACGCAGCUGGACAUCUGAAUUGACACGAUUUCUCACAUAUUCAAUUUAG